AUGAGUCCCUCUACACCAGCACCAGCAGGAGGAUUUGAUGUUCUACCAAAUCCAUCAGAUGUCAGUACUGGGGCUGACUUAGCAAGAAUCAAGUUCUACAGAAACAAAGUUGCUCAUUCAACAGACGCAAGGAUGAAUGCAAAUGAAUUUAAUACUAGCUGGAUAGAUAUAGAGGGGGCUAUUGGAAGACUUGGAGGUUCUGCUUUACUAAAUGAAGCUAUGACUUUAAGGGUAACCUCAAUCGAUGACUCUGAGCGAGAACUUCUUUUGGAGCAUUUACUGGAGAUAAGACAACUAAGAUUGGAACGGUUAGAAACGAUACCCUGGAAUGUUAGAGAAUUUAUUGAGGAAAAACUGGAGUCCUGGGAAGAAGAAGAUCAAGUAUUUGUAGAAACAAAAUCAUCUACAGCUGUUGAAGAAUUCAUUAAAGAACACCCAUGUGUUGUGGUGGUUGGUCAUCCAGGAUCAGGAAAGUCUGCCAUUAUUCAUCACAUCGCGCUUAAAAUGGGGAGAGAAGGAUUUUCCAUCAUACCUGUUAGUCGUCCUGAGGAGAUUACGACUUAUCGCAACAGAAAAAAUCCUCAAGUCUUUGUUGCCGAUGAUCCAUGUGGUGAAUAUACAGUUAAUGAACAUUUUUAUGAAUGGGCUAAGCAUUCUGAAGAUAUUAAAAAAUGUCUGGAUUUCAAAGGAAGAGAAGGCCAAAAGAAAGCAAAACUUCUUGUUUCAUGUCGGUUAGCUUUAAGCUCAGCCCGUGCAUUCAGAAAGAUUAAAAUAUUCUCAGAUUUCAUAUUCAAUUUAGAUAUUCUAGAAAAUCAUUUAUCAUUUAUUGAGAAGAAACAAAUCUUGGAAGCUUAUGUUCAGUGCGAACUAGUUUUACCCAAGCAAUUGUUUGAAAAGCAUAUUGAUUGCUUCCCCUUGCUUUGUAAGUUGUAUGUAAAUGCUUGGGCUGAUCCAGAGCGGUUGGUAACUUUUUUUGACAAUCCUUUCGUUCAGUUAGUCUCGAAGCUUGACUUGAUGAUAGACGAUCCAAAACCAGAAAGCAUUUACGAAUAUUGUGCUCUAGUUUGUUGUUCCCUUUCAGAAGACAAACUUGCAUUAUAUCUAUCUGAAAGGGAAGCAUCUGAAGACUUUGAAUGCCUUAAACACAUUCACAACGCUUGUGAAAUAGAUCUCAAUCCCUUAGACUUAUUUUCUGCUAUCAACAGACUUGUUGGAAAGUAUCUCAAAGAAAUAGGUCAAACGUUUUCUCUAAUACACACAAAACUGCUUGAUAUAAUAGUUUGGCACUUUGGAAAACAAUCACCAGAAACAUUGAUACAACAUUCACCAUUAGAAAUAUUUCAAAAUAGGCUUAGACCUCUUGGAAGAUUAGAAUGUGAUGAUAAUGAAGAUUUGUUUCUAGUAGAAUUGGAUGGAAGCAUGUUGACAUGUUAUGUAGAAAGAAUACAGAAAGACAUAGAACGAGGGAUGGUUUUUGAAGUUUUUGAAAACCCAGCCAUGCCAAAAGCACAGAUUGAAUCUGGUCUGAUUUCUCAUUUAGAAGAUAGACAUGUUUUGGAUGAAGCACUUACGAAAAUAGGCCGAAGCUUGUCAUCAAUUCGAAUGGACUGUAUGACUUCAUUUUCGAAGGGAGAUUUAUUAAGAAAUAGCCGAAUUUCAUUUCUUCAUUUACUUAUGGCAUACAACUGGUCAACAGUUUUAAAAUAUCUGUUUCAAAUUGAAAAUGAGACUCUUUUUCAAACUUUAUUCGAUCAGAAGGCAUGUUCAAUAUAUUUUGCUAUUCUUAGUGAAAAUAUUGAAAUUGUUCAAUGGUGCUUUGACUAUUAUUUAAAAAUUUAUGAAAAUGUUCAUUAUCUUAUGGAAGAAAUGUUUUCAGAUGAUAAUUGUUUGUAUUGUGACUUUGAUAAAGAAAAGAAAAGUCAUGAAGAUCAUUGUCCCAUUGCACGAAUCCCAUUGCCAAUUCUAGUUUGUAUAACGGGAAAAAUAGAAAUAUUGGAAUUCCUCAUCCAAAAGAAAGUCUGCUCUCAGGAAGACCUUACAUCAAAUUUUCAUUUAAUUGAUGAAGUGGUUUCACCUUUAAUGGUAAGCAGUUUAUAUGGGCAUUGUGAUCUUACUCAUUACUUACUAUCAAAAGGGGCAUCUGUGAACUCUAAGAAUGAAGUCGGUAUUUCUGUACUCCAUGAGGCCUGUCGGAAUAAUCAUGUUAAUGUAAUCAAAUUAUUAAAUGACUUUGGAGCUGAAGUAAAUAUCAAAGAUGACAACGGUGAGACACCAUUGUCUCUAGCAUGUCGAAAUGGUUCAUUGGAAGCUGCAGAGCUUUUGAUUACUCUUGGGGCAAAUUUCAAUUCACAAGACAAUCUUGGAUGGACAGCUUUAUAUUCAUCCAUAUUUUCUGAGCAGAAUAGGAUUACUUCUUUCCUUAUUGAGAAGGGAUGCGAUAUUAACUUAACUACUAAUGACGGCGAAACUCCAUUAGCGUUAGCCUGUUUUAUUGGAAAUUCUGAUACCAUCAAAUCUUUAUUGGAAAAAAGAAUAAAUAUACAAAAUCAACUGAAUGGACUUUGGAAAGCUUGUCAAAACGGAAAUAAAAAUGUCGUCUCUUUACUAUUGGAUCAAGGACUUGAUAUAAAUUAUAGGAAUGAGAAUGGUCUGACAGCACUUCAUAUCAGUUGUGCACAUAGUAACUCAGAACUUCUUUAUUAUCUGCUCUUCAAAGGAGCAUGUCCAAACAUUCUCACCAAGGAUAAUCGAACUCCUUUGCAUAUUGCUUCAGAAAAUUUAUCCAAAGAAUGCAUCUUAAUUCUUCUACAACAUGAGGUAGAUGUGAAUGCACUAGAUAAAGAGAAUAAAACAGCAAUCCAUCAUGCAUGCCGAAAUCCAAAAACUGAAAGAUUUUUUACACAUGACAAAAGAGAAAAUGAUCGUUGCUUCCAUAGGAAAGUAAAUAAGUUAAGCGGUUCAAAGAAUUCUGCACAAAAUGUUAUUUCAUAUAACACAUCAGAUAUGACCACAUCUAUAGAAUACUGUCAAUAUGGAAAAGGAUUAAUAGAGAAACUUGAAAGGAUAGUCGAUAUACUCAUUCAGAAUAAUAUCGAUAUAAACAUUGCUGACAAAGAUGGCCUUACUCCCUUACAUCUUGCUUGUUUUGGGAAUUUUUCAAAUGUCACAGAAAUGCUUUUGAGAAAUAAGGCACAUGUUAAUUUGCUCGACAAAGAUGGACGAGCACCUAUACAUAUGGCUUGCUUUAAUGGAAAUUUAAAGGUUUUGAUGUUACUUAUACAAAAAGGAGCAAAUGUGAAUAUUGCAGAUAUGACCGGAUCUACAUCAUUACAUAUCGCUGCUCAAAACCACGAUAUUGAUAUUCUUUCUACUUUAAUUUCUAAUCGAGGAAAUGUGAAUAGUCAGGAUUACAAAGGUUUAACACCAUUGCACAUUUCAUGUUACAUCGGUGAUAUAAAUAUUGUACAAAAACUGUUGGAGUCUGAUGCUGAUGUCAAAAUGCUUUCGGAAGGUGGGGUUGAUUCUCUAACAGUGGCAGUUGCAAACGGCUACUAUAAUAUAUCAGACGAACUACUAAAAAAAGGUGUUCACAUACUUGGUAUGAACUUUCCGUAUUUGCUUCAAUCUGUCCAGUGUAAAUCAAUUAUUAGCCAAAUUUUGGACAAAUACAGUGAUGUCCUUACUUACAAAAAUAGUGAUGGACAGUCACUUUUGCACAUAUCAUUAUUGGAAAAGACGACACAAUGGACUGACUUUCUUCUCUCUAAGGGCGAUUUGAUUAAAUUUUCAGACAAAGAAGGGAAUUUGACUUUCUUUUAUGCAAUUGAAAAUGGGUCGCAAAACAUUAUAGAAUUAUUUUUACAAGAAGACUUGUCUGAAGCAAUGAGAAUCGAAUGUCUUCGUAUGGCACGUAUGAAAGGAAGAGAGGAUAUUGCUUCUAGGCUGUUCAAAAAAUAUCCAAGUUUACUGAGUAAUAUGAAUGGUAGUGACUACAGGAUGUUACCGAAGUUGCUUAGAACCCAUUGUGUAUUCAAUAAAAUAACGGAAAAUGCUUUAAAUAGCAGAAAGUACAUUGACAUAUAUAGCAUUAUUCUUGCUGAUCUUCCCGAUGAAUUAUGGAACCUUCAUAAAAGCACUGUACCAUGCUUAUCUCCAGAAAACUGUACGACAAGUGAGUGCAAUUGGUUAGAGGAGAAAACGAUAAUUGAUGAAGUGAGCUAUGGAAAUAUAGCAGAUUUAUCCCCCUUGGAGAUAUGGCCGCUUCUGUUUUAUUCAGAUAAUCCGAUAUUAAAAGGUUUACAUCGCUCUGAUUUUAUUUGUUUGACAAAGAUAUUAUAA